CAUGUCGAAGAGGAAGAGCAGUAAUUCAAGGCGCACGCCUGACAAGAGAAGCCGGUUUUCUCAACCCGAGGAGGAGGACGAGGAAACGGGCAACUUCAGUUCAGGAGAUGGCACAAAUUCAUCACAGAGUGUCACAGGUGAGGUGGGCAUCAUAGAGAGUAUCUCUCUAAAGAACUUCAUGUGUCAUUCGUUCCUUGGUCCCUUUCCGUUUGGUCCAAACGUCAACUUUGUCGUAGGAAACAAUGGAAGUGGGAAAAGUGCGGUGCUGACGGCUCUGAUUGUGGCCCUGGGCGGUAAAGCUCACACCACCAACAGAGGCUCCUCACUCAAAGGAUUUGUUAAGGAAGGAGAGAGCUCUGCAGACGUGUCCAUCACUCUGAGGAACAGGGGUCGUGAUGCGUAUAAACCAGAGGUUUUUGGUGAAUCCAUCAUCAUAGAUCUUCGUAUCUCCAGCGAGGGACUGCGGACUUAUAAACUAAGAAGUAAAACAGGUCACCUAGUGUCAUCCAAAAAGGAAGAACUGAUCUUCAUUUUGGAUCACUUUAACAUCCAGGUGGACAAUCCGGUCUCUAUCCUUACCCAGGAAAUGAGUAAACACUUUCUCCACUCCAAAGGAGAGGGGGACAAAUACAAAUUUUUCAUGAAAGCCACUCAGCUUGAUCAGAUGAAGGAAGAUUACAGCUACAUCAUGAAGACCAAGACCAUGACCCAUAAUACAGUGGAGAAACACAGGGAGACUCUGCAAGAACUAAAGAGAAAGUACCACGAGAAAGAAGAGCGCUAUAAAAACCUGGCUUCACUCGAUGAAAUGCAGCAGAAGUUGGAUGAGCUGAAGAAUCAGAUGGCCUGGGCUCUGGUGGCAGAGGUGGAGCAGGAGGUGAAGCCCAUGAGAGAACGAAUCGCUGCUGAAGAGAAAUCCACCGUCAAAUAUGACAAGAAAGUGGAAGAGUGGGAGGGGAAAGUUCAGGAGGCCAACAGGAUAUUCCAGCAGUUGCAGGAUCAGCUGGAGGGUGUGACGGAGCGGAUGCAGCAGCUGCAGCCACAGUGUGCUGAACUAAAGAGCCGGGCACAGGAGCGCAACCGAGAUCUCAAAGCAGCCGAGGCUGGACUUCAUCGGAAAAAAACUAAUUUAAGAGACCUUGAGAAGGAUAAAAAUCAGCUCAACAAGCGUAUCCAAGAACUCAAACGGAGCAUAAGUCAGGCGAACUCAGCUGACACUCAGUCUCGUGUGGAGAGGAUGAAUCACAUUCAGACUGAGCUGGAAGAUCUGAGUUUCCAGGACUCCACUCUGGCUCAGCAGAUCGAUCAGUUUAAACAGGCCUGCGCCUCUGCGAAAGAAAGGCUGGGCAGAAUGAGCCGUGAAAAGCAGGACCUGCAGCAUUCGAUUGAUUCUAAGCAACGUGGCCUGGCUGCUAUGGAAAACAGUCGAAAUAACCAAAUUUGUCGUUUUGGAGAGCACAUGCCAGCACUGCUGAGGGCUAUAGAUGAGGCUGACCGGCGGGGUCAGUUCAAGAGGAAACCUGUUGGACCACUCGGAUUCUGCAUCCGACUUCGGGAUCCGGAGCUGGGUCUUGCAGUGGAGAGCUGUCUGAAGGCACUGAUGUUAGCUUUCUAUUGCGAUAACUACGCUGACGAGAGAGAGUUACAGAAAAUCAUGAGUCGCUGCUUCCCGCAUGGCAGAAGACCUCAGAUCAUUGUCAGCACAUUUACCGACACGCUCUACAAUGUCGGCAGCAGGGCUGUCAAUCACCCUGAAUACCCAACAGUCCUCCAGGCACUUGAGAUUGAGAAUCCAGUUGUGGCCAACUGUCUGAUCGACAUGAGGGGAAUCGAAACCAUUCUGCUCAUCAAGAACUCUAAAGAUGCGAGAAGGGUCAUGAUGAGUGGACAUCCACCACGCAAUUGCAGGGAGACUUUCACACAAGAAGGGGACCAGGUCUACAAUAACCGUUACUACUCCUGCGAUCAGAACAGAGCGCUCUACCUCAGCAAAGAUGUCGAAGAGGAAAUCAGACAUUUGCAGUCUGCCAUACAUUCCCAGAGAACACAUUUGGAUCGCUUUCAGCAGGACAUGCAGGAGAUUAGUGAAGACGAGAAACAGAACCGGAUUCUUCUUCACAGAGCCUAUGAAGACCAAAAGAAGGCCCAGGAACUUUGUCGGAAGCUUCAGGCAGAGCUGACAGAAUUGCAGAAUGUUGAGGAACCACAGUCUGAGGACUUGAAACCUUUGGAAGAGGAACUGGAGGAGCUCAGCAGCCGGAUAAGUGCAUGUCAAGUGGAAUUUGAAGCAGCGCGGAAGCAGAUGCUGACACUCAAGAGGGAAUAUGAGGAGGCUGAGCAGCUCUACCGGCAGCAGAGGGAAGCUUUUAACAGCAUCGCAGAGGAAGCUGAGCCCAUUAAGGAGCAAUUGAGCAACAGUGAUCAGGAGGUGGCGAGGAGUAAACACCACAAAAGUCACUAUGAAGACAAACGCAAAACUCAUGUGGAAAUGAUCGAGACACUAAAGAGGAACCUGAAUGUCAAGGAGCAGGAGUUACAAGCAUCUGUAGCAAAAGCCUCUGAAAUCUGCCCUGACCGCUUGGAUGUGAGGAGAACGGCUAAGAGUUUGGACAGUGAAAUCAGCCGCCUUAAACACAAGAUUAACACACAGCAGGACCAACAAGGACACAGAGACACUAUCGUCAGGCAAUACCAUGAGGCGAAGGAAAACUUCAAUAACAUAGCCCGACAGGUAAAGGGUCUGGAGGCUUUCAUCGGCCAGUUGUCUAAGAUCAUGAACACCAGGCACAACGUUUAUGCUGAAAUGCGAAUGUAUCUCUCUGUGCGCUGCAAGUACUACUUUGACUCUAUGCUGUCCCAGAGAGGGUACAUAGGGAAGAUGGCAUUCGACCAUAAAAAUGAGGCGCUCUCUAUAUCAGUUCAGCCAGGAGAGGGUGGGAAGGCUGUUCUGAGUGACAUGCGGUCUCUGUCUGGAGGAGAGCGUUCAUUUUCUACUGUGUGCUUCGUCCUUUCACUGUGGGCCAUAGCCGAAGCUCCGUUCCGGGCAUUGGAUGAAUUCGAUGUCUAUAUGGACAUGGUGAACAGAAGAAUCUCGAUGGACAUGAUGCUUAAAGUCGCUGCCAGUCAGCGAUAUAGGCAAUUUAUUUUCCUAACACCACAGAGCAUGAGCUCUCUUCCAGAUAACAACAUGAUCCGCAUCCUGCGUCUCAACGACCCUGACCGUAGUCAGUCGACACCGAGGAACUCAGAAUGAAGCUGCUGUUGGCUGAACUGCGGUUUACACCACUGCACUUUACAGUUCCAUCUAUACCCUUAAAUGUUUACAGUUUUCUUUUUCCAAAGUUGUACAUUUGAAAACUAAUUUAGUUAUUUAAGACCCAAAUUUGCAGGUUCUGUUUAGUGCUGCACUUUAAAUUUUUCUAAAAAUAAUAGUUUUUAAGUUUUAUAAUACAAAUGUUAUUACGAUGUUAUUUUCAUUGAUAAUUGGUUGAAUAAACCUUUUGAAUAAGUCAAAAAA